AUGGUAGGAACGCGCUCGCGUUUCUCCGGCCGGCGCUGGCGGGGCGCGCAGUUGGAGGCACACGGGGACCCUCGGCCCCGCGCCCGGCGGGACGCGCUCCCCGCGCGGGGUCCCGCAGGAGCGAGGGAAGGGGGAGGCUGGAACUGGAUUUUAAGUCUUGAUGCUGCAAAGGGAAAAGUUCUCGAUAUCCGCGUGCCCUGCCGGGCUCCCGGCGUGCGGAUCAUCCUCUGCCGCCGGAGCGGGAGGGCGCGCAUCAGGGCGCGCCGCCGCCCCACCCCGGCGCCGGACGGGCCGCGGCUCUUUCCGAGGCACCGCACGGGUUUCUUUCCCCCAGCCCCCGGGCGCUCCUUUCCCCGGGGCGGCAGCGAUGCGCACGCCCCGGCGGAGAGCGGCGCCGAGGACGCGGGGCAGGAGCGAGACGAGGAGGACCCGAGCGGGGACGGGACCGGGACCGCGAGCCCGCCCGGGCCGGAGGAGCCGGGCUCGCCGCGGAGCGCCCGGCGGCGGCGGCCGGAGCCGGGCUGCGGGAAGCCGCGGCGGGCGCGCACCGCCUUCACCUACGAGCAGCUGGUGGCCCUGGAGAACAAGUUCCGAGCCACGCGGUACCUGUCGGUCUGCGAGCGCCUUAGCCUGGCGCUGUCCCUCAGCCUCACCGAGACGCAGGUGAAGAUCUGGUUCCAGAACCGCCGCACCAAGUGGAAGAAGCAGCACCCGGGCGCCGACGGGGCGGCCCCCGCAGCAUCCCCCGCGGCGGCGGCGGCGGCGAGCGGCGGCAGCCCCAGCCCGCCGGGCCCCGCAGCUCUGCCCUUCCAGACUUUCCCUUCCUACGCCGCCGCCAACGUGCUGGUGCCGCCGGCCGCCCCCUUCCCGCUGGGCGCCGGCCCCUUCACACCCUUCCUGGGCCCCGCGUACCUCGGCCCCUUCUACGCCCCGCACCUCUGA